AUGGACCGAAGGGAUGUCGUGUACUACAGCCCUCGCUGUCCGUAUUCGGUAGACUUCGUCAACAAACUCAAUGCCGAAUCGAAGAACCUCGCCUCGACGGUGCUCGUCAACAUUGACAGGCAGAGGCCGGUACAUCCGAUCAGUCAGACGCCCAGCGUCGUGUCCGAUCAUCAGAUCUACGGAGGGAGCGCGGCCUUUCAGUGGCUGAAGAAGAGGCAUGGGGGAAGUACGCGGGCGGGACCCUCGACCGAGAAGAGGGCUACGAGCGACGAGAUGUUUGCUCCGAUGACCACCAGCUCUUUCACGUCGCCCUCCCCCGGCCUGACCUUCACUCCAUACGACGAAGAACCGGACGGCAUGCUAGGCUCUUCCCUCAAGAGCCUCUUCGAGGUGCUGAAGGAACUCCUCAACGACGUGAACAUCAUAGCGACGAGCAGCGGCCUCAAGACCAUCGCCAUGGAUUUCAGCCAGUGCACGCUGUGCCACGUCUGGCUGGACGCCGAGAAGUUUGAGGUCUUCUACUGUCCAUCCCCUAUAGUCAUCGGCAUAAACAUACAGAACAUGUACAAACUCCUGAAGACGGUGUCCUCGUCGGACGUCUUGACCAUGCAGAUCGACGAGGACAACACCAACGAGCUGGAGAUCAUCAUACAAAACUCGGACCGCAAGGCCAAGACCUUUUUCAAGCUGAAACUCCUGGACAUCGACGACCAACGCAUCUCGAUACCGGACGUGGAGCUGACCACGCAGAUCACCAUGGCGAGCGAGGACUUUAAGCGUCUGGUGAAGGAUCAGCUGUCGAUCGGCCAGGUCAUGCGGAUCCACGUGAAGGGGUCGCAAGUCAUCUUUGAGACAUCGGGCGACUUCGCCAGCCAGAAGACCAUCUUGGAGACCGAGAGCGGGGCGGAUCAGGAGGAAAUAGACCUCAGCUUCAGUUUGAAGAUAUUGGCCCUCUUCACGAAAGCCAGCAGUCUGAGCCAGACGUGCACCUUGUUCAUGCAGCCAAACUUUCCUCUGGUGACUCAGUAUGCGAUAGCGGCUCUGGGAGAACUUCGGCUGGUCCUCGCGCCGAAAAGUCAGGACAUCUGA